UAAAAUCGAUUACUUAUAAGAAAAAAGCUUCUGUCAUAAAUAAUGAUGUGAAAAUCAUAAUUAAAAGAAAUCAUUGUUCACACUCCUUUUCAUACCAACAAGUGAUGUCUUAAUACAUAUCUUGCUCUUUUUAGAGUUUGCUUUAUUAUCUUGGAUGAAUUAAACAUAUAAUAUCUAUGAAUCCUCAACAUAAAAACUUUAUCUCGAGUUUAAGUUCUAAAGUAACCAAGUCAUGUAUCACGACAACUAUCUUCAGCAUCGUCUUCUUCAUCAUCCUCCAUGGAGUUUCUGUAGGCUGGAUGGAUUUGUUGUUAUUGGCUGGAGGUAGAAUCAAAUUGACACCAAUAUUCACAAGAAACACUUUCUUCACUAUUCCCAAGAAAACACUUACUAUACCAUUCAACUUCACAUUGCAAUGCACUCUAGACAAGAACAUAACAACACAGACGUGUCCUGCAAGCUACCCGGAGAAAUGGAACCCUAAAGACGAUCCAGAAACUUGUCCAGAUUACUUCAGGUGGAUCCACAAGGAUCUUGAACCAUGGCGUGAGACAGGAAUCACUAGAGAGACGCUAGAAAGAGCUCGUGAUAAAGCUCACUUCAGACUAAUCAUAAAAGGUGGAAGAGUGUAUGUGCAUCGAAACAUGAGAUCGUUCCAGACAAGAGAUGUUUUCAUCACAAUAUGGGGAAUCUUGCAGCUUCUAAGGAUGUAUCCUGGUCAAGUCCCUGAUCUUGAGCUUCUCUUCCAGUGCCAUGACCUUCUUCAAAUAUGGAGAAGAGACUAUAGGCCAAGACGAGGAGUCAAUGUAACGUGGCCACCUCCUCCAGUCUUCCAUUACUGUGGCCAUGACGGUGCUUUUAACAUCGUCUUCCCUGAUUGGAGCUUCUGGGGGUGGCCGGAGAUUAACAUAAAGGAGUGGAACAAACUUUCGAAGGCGAUAAGUGAAGGGAUAAAGAAGGUGAAAUGGAAAGAGAGAAAACCUUAUGCAUAUUGGAAAGGGAAUCCUGGAGUUGCUAGGAUUAGAAGAGACCUCAUGAGAUAUCAUGAUCCCAUGAUUCAUCUCAUUCAUCAGGUAUAUAUAUAUAAUGGGUUAGCAUUUGUUCUAUGAUGAUGAAUGGAAUGAACAUGUUUUUGCAGAAUUGGAUUUAGGACUUCAAAUCUAGCAGAUCAAUGCACCCACAGGUACAAGAUUUAUAUAGAAGGAAGGGCUUGGUCAGUGAGCGAGAAGUAUAUAUUAGCUUGUGACAGUAUGUCACUUCUCAUAAAACCUUUUUACUUUGACUUCAUCACUAGAAGUUUAGUUCCCAUGGAACAUUAUUGGCCUAUUAGACUUCAUAAAAAAUGCAAUGACAUCAUCUUUGCCGUCCAAUGGGGCAACAACAAUACCAAAAAGGCAAAAACUAUAGGGAGAAAUGGAAGUGGAUAUGUACUUAAGAAUCUACAAAUGAAACAUGUGUAUGAUUAUAUGUUUCAUAUAUUGCAAAGCUAUGGGAAGUUGAUGAAGAUGAAUGUAGAAGUGCCUGAAGGAGCUAAGGAAGUGUGUCCAGAGACAAUGGCGUGUCCAGUUAAGGGAGGUCGAAUGAGACAAUAUAUGGACGACUCAUUGAUUAUGUCUCCGAGCAGUAAGGGCUCUUGUGAGAUGCCUCCACCUUUUGAAGAAGAUGAGCUCAAGAAGUUUUUAGAAAAGAAAAAAAAAAGUGUUGAGAAAGAAGUGGAGAAGUGGACUAAUGAGUACUGGGAGGAACAAAAGAAGUCUCUUCAACACUGAGUUUUGUAUAUACACAUACACUUUCCCCUAAUCAGUACUACUUAAUUGAGUAUGUAUUAUACAAAAAAAAAAAA